AUGGGCUUGCACCUUUGGCCGGCUGCCUCAACCGACGAUGGCCAUACGCCGGUUCCCUCGGUUCCCUCAGACAAAGAUGGUCCUGCGAAUCAGGCGGGCGAAACAGGUAGCUUGGGACCUGUUUUAGGAACAAUUUUCCGAGGGCCAAAAGGUGAUACAGGUCCGAGAGGUCCAGUUGAACCAACCGGGAAUCCUGGAGUCAAAGGUCAGAAGGGUGAGCCAGGGGAGAUGCGUGAUGACCACUCCAAUCAACAGGUAGCAUUCACCGUGGUGAGGACCAGCCACUUAACAUCCACAAGUCACGACCUCCGUCUGCCCUUCCAGGAGACCGAGACGCUUCUGCCGGGUACCAGCUUCGAUCUCGGGACUGGCACAUUCACGUGCAGUGUGCCGGGCAGCUAA